AUGGGAAAUGGGAUGAACAAGGUAGGGUUGUUAUGUUUGUUGUGUACAUGCAGCAUUUUUCUGUCGAGGAGCGACAGAUCCGUUAUUCGCGGUGACAGAGUAUCUCACUACUAAACUCCGAGAUUUUUCCUUGAUUCGCUGUCAUUCUUCUCUCAGUUUUUUUUUCUGGUUUUGUGAGAAGCGCUAUUACCAAGACGAAAAGCUGUAUGUUCCCAGUGUGUUUAGUUCUGCUAAAGAAUAAUGUAGAAACGCUUCAAUCUUUGAUGUAAAAAGCUAAAUCACCAUAACUGCUCAGGUUGCAUUUGUGUUCAUGUUGGGAAUGUUUUAAUAGUUCGAGACUGUAGUUUUGUCUGUUUAUUUCGAGCUACCGGGAAGCGUUAACCAACAAGAAAGGCUUGGUAACUCGUUCAUUUAAGGUUUAUUCAUAUCCAGCCAUAGCCAAGUUUGCAAAAUGAUUAAGUUAUCGAUUUUUUAAAAAAAAUAAUAUACGUCUGACGUCACCUUCAAAAAUCGCUGAAGACCUUACGGAAGCAGAUGUUUCGAACUGUAUUUGAAAGAUAUCGCUGAUCUGUGGAAAAUUAAACUAGAAACGUCAUUUCAAAAUUUUUAGUCAAUUGUUUUUCUUUCAAAGUCUGCAUUUGAAUUUUUGAAGACAGAUACUUGAAAGAUAGUCAUAAGUACAGCUGGACUGUUUUGACAGUUUGAGUCUUCUUUUCGAUACCCUUUAAUUCCGAAAGGUAUUACUUCUGUUGUAUCAUUAGAAAUAUUAUUACCUUUAUUUACACACUUAUUUGUUUUUUUUUAUAUAUUCUGAAUAGGUUCUUCCAGGUCUUUACCUGGGAAAUUUUCGAGGUAUGUUGUAGAUUGUUACAGCCAGUGGCUAAGUUACAUGUACGAGAAGUCUGCCAUUUCCUUUCCCUUGUUUGUCAAACAAACAUGUCUCCUGGGCAUUUUAUGUAAUGUUUUGGACAUUCCCUAUUGAAAAUUUUUGCUUUCUUGGAAACGUUUACCAUCAUUACUUAAAUUUUGUGCUUCUAAUAUAAAUUUAUAAUUGUUUUCAUACAAGCUGCUGAUUGGCGCACAACUAACUUUUUCUUAUUUGAGAGAGAAUUUGAUACAAGAUCAAAGCAUUUCCCCUUUACGGUCAUUUUAUCAAUUCUCAUAACCUUUUCUUUUGAUUAUGUUUGGAGAAAAUUGAUGUUGACCACUCUUGGGAGUUAAAGGUUUUGGAAGCGAAGAGCUUUUGGGUUCCCUUUUUUACUAUUUUUCUUAGAGCACAGCCCUGCACCUGGACUGUUUACAGGAGAGACACUAAACAGCACCAAGAAUUGAAUUAAAGUUAAAUCAUCACUUGUUUUUUUGCUUUGUUUUAGAUGCUAAAGACAUGGAACAAUUGAAACAGAAUAAAAUUACUCAUGUACUUUCUAUACACGAUAAUGCCCAACCAGUGUUAGAGGUAUGUAAUGUUCUACUGGGUUUUCUUAUUGAUGUGUGUUAGCAUGUACAUUUAACAAUUAAUGAAUGAGGCUGAGUAUCUUAUGAAGAAUUAUGGAGAUCGAGGAGGAUGUUAUCCGUCAAGGCCGUAGGCUGAGGCGGAUAACACCCUCUGACAUCUCCAUAAUUCUUCAUGUGAUACGAAAGCCGAAUUCAAUAAUUGUUUUAUUAUUCAUUCAAAAUAAUUCCUAGUUUAAAAAUAACGCUAAAACAUGCUUACCUCCAUCGAUGUUAAGUUUACCUUCGAUGGUGCACAUUUAGGGUUGUUUAGCCCCGCAAAUAUUCUCCAAAUAGCAGAUGUCGCCCUUUGAGUUGUGUUCUUGCUGUUCUUGCCAUGUUUUUAGCUAUAAUUUUGCCUAGUUCUCACUCUUGAAAUGAGUGAAAUGUCCUCCAUUUUUGUUUUCACAACCAAAACAACUCAACCUCGUCCCCAGGUCUUCUCAGUUGACGGUGCCUUAACCUGCCAGAAUGCUGCAUUUUUGACAUCAUUUUCUCAUUAAACACAAAAUUCUUAACUGGUUAUGGUGAAUUAUGCCUGUGCUUAUAGCCAAUCAGAAUUGGGGAAAUAUUUUGAAUGAAUAAAAAUUUGUAUUAUUUUAUUAAAAAUGGCUGAAUCAAGAUGAGGUGAUCCCUGUGUCCUGAUUGGCUACUUGAGUGGUCGCGAUGGGCCCAUCUUGCCUUCUUAAUAUCUUUGGUAUUGGUCUUACAAGAAAAAAAAUUCUAAUUCUGGCUGUGCAAUAAAUCCUUUAUUGACUACAAGCUUGUUGGGUCUAAUGACUGGAUAUUGGCCUGCUCUCUCUCUCUUUUUUUUAUAGAACUUGACUUUGCCAUAAAAAUGCCAAAAUGAACUCUGUGAUUUUGUUGCAAAUAGUUGUGGUGAUUCCUGGGAUUCAUCUUGUGAAAAAUCAUGAUUCUCAGUCUAGAACCAUUGAGUCCCAGUUCAAAAAAUGUGUCCAAAAUUGAAAAUGCUUCCAAAGCCCUUUAUGUAACCAGACAGUUACUCUGAAGGUAGACUCCAAAACUCUGUAUUACGGUAUUCUGAAAUUAAAAUAUAGUGAGUCCUUCUAUUUUAAAGCACAACAAAGGCUAAAUGAAAGGUACAUUGUUAAACAUAAGCCAUAAUACAGUGUAACUCAAACUGCCACAGUAAAUGUGUAAUUACACAAACAGAAUAUUUCAGAUCGGUUGAUCGAUAUUUACAUCCCAUGGGACGUAUGCAAUGAAUUAUUUUGCAUCCUCGGGGAUUUUUAUGUGUCAGGGACGCAGGACAUACAUGUACAUGUAGAGGUAACAAAAUCACUAUUAACUUGGCCAAUAUCCAGUCAUCUUGACUUCAUACUUGGUCUGUAAUGCAUAUACACCUGUAAAUUUGUAAUUGACAAGUACAUUUGCAUUGUACAUAUUUAAGGUCUAUUGUAUACAAUCGUACACUGUAAAUACACUGAAGUUGCAAAAGAGGGUAGUGGCGGCAGUGACCUUCUAAAAGUAAGGAUAAAAUCUUGCAGUUGCUCCCAAAAGAAAUUCCAAAAGAAGCAGUCUCAUAGAAUUGAGAUGCUCUGAAAGAAGCAACUUCCAAGGUAAUAUCUCCUUUUAAAUGAGAAAUAAACAGAGUUAUAAUUGCUUUAAUAUGCUAGGUGUUCUUAGGUUCCUUGCUAUGAUUUUAUUAAUCUUUGAUAUUCUUAUUCAAGGCCAUUUUUAUACCUGGUAGCUGUUUAAGUACAAUUUGUGUUUUAUUUUUUUUCAACAAGAAUUGCCUUGAAUCCCAUUGCAUGUGUGAUAGGAAUAAUCAAACCUUUUUCACUAGUACAAAAAUUACAGUUGACCAGUCGUAUCCAUAAACAACAUGGAUCUAAGUCAACCAAUUACAACCUACAGACGUGACCUUUUGAACCCACUGAAGUAAGCCUGUGUUUCCUGAGAUGUCCAUUAGUCAGAACAGGUUUUUAAUUUUAACUGAAGGUUCUUGUUAAGAUAUGUUCUUUUAAUUUUGCUUCCACAGCAUUUAAAAUACAAAUGCAUUAAUGCAGCAGACUCCCCAGACCAAGAGAUGUAAGUGUUGUAAUUCUCCAAAAGAUGCAAAAUAGAUUUACAAGCCUGAUGCACAUUGCAAUAUAUUGUGUUUAAGGGCUGUGCUCUAGCAGAGCCUGGUGGCUGAUGGUGCCCAACUUUUGCUCUUGGGACUAGAAAAUUUACUUUUUUCAUAUAAAUCAUAUGCUGGGCACCCUAGAUUUUACAGGUUCAGAGCACUGGGCUACCUCCAAUUUUCCUUAGAGCACAGCCUUGGUGUUACACAAUUUCAUGUCCAGGCUGUGACUGAGAGCCUGGGAUUGGAGAUUUUCCCCAGCUACUGUGAGCAUGAACCCUCGCUACUGUCAUAGGAAAAAAAGGGAAAAACAAACAAACAAAUAAAACAACAACAACAACAAAACAAACAAAAGAGCUUCCUGGCUGUUCAACUUCCUGCCUGCUAAUUGCAUUAUAGCCAGCAACUUGAAAUUUUAGUGACAUCCCUGCCUAUCACUUCAAACUCAUACAUUUGUUUGUUUUUUUUUGUCAGCAAGUUUGAUAAAUAUUAUCAUUAUUAUUAUUAGUUUGAUAUCAUUAUCAUAGAAUUUCAGUGUAUACCAUGUCAAGGAUUUCACUAAGAUUUCAAGUUGCCGGGUAAAUACGACAAGUAGGUGGGGAAUAUUACAGCAAGGGAUUUCUUUUGGUGCUAUUUUUCUUCUGUUUUCCUAUGAAAGUAGCCAAGGCCGCGUUCAUAGUAGCUGAGGAAAAUCCCCCCCCCCCCCCCCCCUUAUAUAAAGCCCUGAUCCAGAUUUGAGGGGGCCCAUGGGGGUUUUAGAAAAAAAAGUUAACAACCAAACAAACUUUUUUUUUGAAUCAUUUUUUUUUCGGGACUGAAUUUAUUUUUUUUUAAACUUCGGUUAUUUUAAAUAUACAACUAUUUUUUUUUAAUAAAAUUUUCAAAGAAUUGCAUGUAAAACAUUGUCAAGUAUUCACUAAAAUUUAAAGUUGCCGGGUAAAUAAGCAAAGAAAGGGGGGAAUUUUAAAAAAAGGGUUUUUUUUUGGGGCUUUUUUUUUUUUGUUUUCCUAUGAAAAGAGCCAAGGCCGCGUUUAAAAUAAGUGGGGAAAAUCCCCCCCCCCCCCGCCUCUUAAUGACAGCCCUGAUACUGAUUUGAGAGGGCUAAUGGUGGUGUUAGAAAAUAAAGUUAACAACCAAACAAACUUAUUUUUCAGAUCAGUAUUCUUUCAGGAAUGCAUUGAUUUUAUUCAUAACUGCAGGUAAUGUAAAUAUCAAACCAUUUUCUUUUUCAAAGUAGCUUCUUGAUGAACUUUCGGUUCAGCUUUACCAUGGGGCCACGUAAAGUUAUGAAGAAUUAACCGGGCUCCAAUCCCCAAUACCCGGGCUAAUUCUCAUAAUUCGGAUAUUGGGAAGAUGUAGGCCUUAACCCAUCGAUACAGUGGGUUUCUGCUAGCAGCCUCGUUUCCAUAAAAGAGAGUUGUGCAGAGCUUUAGGGCAUGGCUGCCUAGCUGUCUGUGCCUUUCAGAAUGAACUAAAGAAAACUGGUGUUCAUGGCUAUCCGACAAAUUACAGUAAAAACCCAUGACUAUGAACCAGCAUUUUCCCAAGUUAGCCUAAACAGGUUCUUACAUACAAUGUAAAUGGUAAUUAGCACAAAUUUAGGCUAUUUAGGUUCUUAAAUAGGCUCUUAUUUUCUGAAGAAAAAAAUACAUUGCAAAUAAGAGUAUUUAGUGGUAUUCAGCUUAUUUCUUACAUGUAGGUAAAACCUGUAUAUCAUUACAGUUGCAGCUGGAAUGAGAAGGGGCCUAUGUCUCCAAAGAGGCAGGAUCCUGAAUGUUGACAAUUCUUAUUUGCCCAAGUGCAAUUUAAAAACAGAUUUUGCAAAAAAAUAACCUGUUUCAAAUUUUAGGCAAAAUAGGUUUUGUAUAGAGGGGGCCUAACUGGCAAAUUUCAGCCGAACAGGUUCUUAAAAACCAGGUUCUUAGUCUCAAUUUCUGACUAAAAUAAUGCUCGAUGGAUGUCCUCUGCUUUUAAAGGAGUAUCCGCAAGUAAAAAAAUUGUCUUCCCUGAAACCAUGCCGAGAAAAAGGCAAAUUUUUGAGGCAAGUCUACAAGGAGGUCCAUGUAUGGUUGUUUUUAUAGAACGUAGAAAUAUUUUGAAUGAAUAAUAAAGCAAUUUAUUGAAUUGGUCUUCCGUAUGACGUGAAGAAUUUGCAGAUCUCAGACGAUGUUAUCCACCUCGGCCUUCAGCCUCCAUGGGUGAUAUCCUCCUCGAUCUGCAUACAUGUAAAUCUUCACAGCGUCAUUCAUCAUUUGUUAAAUACACUGUAUACUCUACACUGUACCGAGAAUUACAGCUGUACACGGAGGCCUUGUUUACUAGAAUUAUACAGUGUACAAAUUAUUAAAGCUAUUUUACUUAACCUUUUUUUCUUAUUGCAGGAUUAAUAAUGGCGCUUGCUUAGUUCACUGGUAAGUUAUUUUAGGUCAUAUUUUAUAACAGUUUUCAAUGGUCAGAAGGGGUAGCUCUAGUUUGCUACAAAUUAUUAAGGUAGUUGUUAUGUUUAUUUUGUAACUUAUUACUAGUGCUUGUGUGCGUGUAAUUUGAAGUGCGUAAGUUAAAUAAAGUAAAUUUCUUUCUUAAAGUAAAAAAAGGUAGUUCGAGGCUUAUUUUGUGCAAAAGAGUAGGAGGUAUUUCCUGUGUAUGUCAUCUUUUGUUGUGAUAGCACAAAAAGGCACCGCGACCUAUUUCAACUUUUCACGCGACUUAUGCAUGACUAGAUUCAUGAAAGAAUUUUGCAAGGAAUUUCGGCCUUAACAAAAUUUCCUGUUGGUUCAAAGCAUGGCAGGAAUUUCGCGUUCUACCACCAUUGUAGCAGCAUAUAUCAUGGCCGUCACAGAACUCAACUGGAAAGACUCCAUUAAAGCCAUAAAAUGCUCGAGGUCAAUCGCCAAUCCGAACUAUGGAUUCCAAAGACAACUCCAGGACUUCUGGAACUUACAAGCAUCCAAGGUACGGUAUUUGCAUGUACUCUACAGUGACUGUUUCGUUAGUGUAACAACAGGUUUUCAGUGGUUUGCAUUAGAGACCUUCAGAUUCGAGCCGGACGAGAAUGACUACAAUGACCUAAUUAUUUUCGCGUAUUCUAAGAAAAUAGUUCAUUGUACCUUUUUCAACAGAGAAGCACAGCAAGGUUAUUUUAGUUGA